CUCCAUCUUCCCAGCCCCAAUCUUCUACCUGCCACCACACCCUACCCUCCGGGACCUGAUUGACCACGUGGCACCUUCUAAUAGACUGGUUUCACCAUGCCAUAUCUACACCCCGCUGCAUCUGAUAUUUCCUAAGUAUCUUCACGGAAAUAUCUAUGGCACUGAGGCAACUGCAAACAGCCAUUUUCUCGAACCUCCCGCUUCGUCUGAGCCCUGAUGUAGGAUCCCUACGAAUGGCCUUACCCUUCGAGUCUGUUACCACGUCUUCGAGAGAUGACCUUUCGAAGAGAGCUCGUAAGCCUUACACCAUCACCAAGUGUAGAGAGAGCUGGACCGAGCCAGAGCACGAUAAGUUCCUCGAAGCUAUUCAACUCUUUGAUCGCGACUGGAAGAAGAUUGAAGCUUUUGUUGGAUCGAAGACUGUCAUUCAGAUACGUAGUCAUGCUCAGAAGUACUUCCUGAAGGUUGAAAAGAGUGGGACGGGCGAACACUUGCCUCCUCCACGACCAAAGAGGAAAGCUGCUCAUCCAUAUCCUCAAAAAGCUUCGAAAAAUGUCUCAGGUGUAGCACUAGUGACAGUGCCAUUUCAAUCUUCUUCUGUUGAACCGAAAUAUAAUAUAAAGCCAGAUUCCUCUUCUGCUCCAGCCAGUUUCAUUUCUGCUACUGCCAUGUCAUCUAGGGCAGAUAACUCUAUCCAGACAGUCAAUUUCUCUCAAGGUGCAAGAGGUUUGAAUUGUGAAAUCACAAGGCAAGUAAUAGAAAACAAUUGUAGUAGUAGCACGGACCGCACUACAAGAACACGCUUUCCAACCAAGUCAAGCAUCGAGGAACAUAACAACCUUCAGUUGAGAGUACUGCCAGAUUUUGGUCAAGUCUAUAACUUCAUAGGCAGCGUGUUUGACCCGAAAGCCUCAAAUCAUUUGAAGAGGUUAGAACAGAUGGACCAAAUAGACGUCGAAACUGUGCUGUUGUUGAUGAGGAACCUAGCCAUUAAUCUCACCAGCUCCGACUUUGAGGACCAUAUGAUGAUGUAAAACAGGAAGCAAGACACAAAAACCGACAUUGACGCUGAUCAAUGACUGGACACAAGACAUCAACUUUCCUCAAAAUACAUUCACAGACACCUCAAUAUCAACACGAUGACCAGCUAAAGAAAUUGGAUGAUGGAUGAUACAAAGGAUUGGCUUAGUCUACUUCCUCCAUUUUGCUCUCUUCAGCAGCAUCUUCCUCUAAAGCAGGCAUGUCUGCGUCAUCUCCUUCAUUUUCUUCCUCAUCAAUGCUAAGACCAAGUUUCAACAUUCUGUGGAUUCUUGCAGCAAAUG